AUGCGCGACUCCACCGCAACGGGGUCUUCCGGUGACCACAACGGAGAACCGAGUUGCGAUCUGAGCGGAAAUCCCCGCGGUACUUACUGGCGACGCCUUGGCGUUGAAUUCCUCAAGUCUGAUGUCGUCAGUUCACUUGACGCACACGAUGAGCCGGUCGCCUUGACCGGGGCGAUAACGUCUUUUCCGGCUCCGGAAAGUGUCAACUAUGUUCAUCAAUAUUUGCACUUUGCCCCAAACAUCCUCCAGAUCGCUGAUGAGAUUCGAAACAGGAUGGGCGGAUCGUUUCUUGGAAUUCAUCUUAGAAUAGGCACCGAUUUCACGAAAGCCUGUGAUAUUCUUGACCGUAAUGACAACUUGAUGGCAUCUCCUCAAUGUGGAACCCCUCAAGUGAAGCUGGAAAAAUCAAAACACUGCGCCCCAUCUAUGGAACAAAUUCUAGACGAGCUCGAUUUCUUCAAAGACAAAUUCAACACGCUUUACAUUUCUUCUGACAAAAAGAUCGACCGUCAGAUCUUUGAAGAACGCGGAUUUCGAGUGGCUACGCUGGACGAUUACCGUGAUUUGCCAAUUCCAAAAUUUUUUGACCCUUUGAUCGAUUUGUCCGUGCAAAUAUUAAGUGACCAGUUUAUUGAAUUUUGCUCCUCCGAAAUGUCGCUCGGAAUCCCAAUCAAAGUCCUCCACGAAGCCGAGAGCCACGUAAUCACCUGUGAAACCUCCACCGGCGAAGUCUUCCGUGGAAAGCUCGUCGAAGCCGAAGAACAUAUGAACAUCCAGAUGCAGGAUGUCACCGCUACCUACCGAAACGGAUCAACCGCCCAAUUGGCGAACAUCUACAUUCGUGGCACUCAAAUCAAGUUCAUGAUUCUCCCCGAGAUGCUCAAAAACGCCCCAAUGCUCAAGGUCGCAACACGAAACCAGGCUCAAGGCCAGAAGCAGAAUUUCUGGCAAGCUGGCCGAGGUCGUGGACGAGGCGGCGGCUUCCGCGGUGGUCGAGGCGCCCCAAGAGGCCGAUAUUAG